AAAACACAACCAUACAGAACGACGUUUUGCGACGUACAAGAACGUACUGAUUGAUGGAAGAAGUUAGGCGGUUCGAGUAGAUCUUGAAUCAAGUACAAAAUACAUACGAAAGCUCAUUGACCCCUAGAAAACAGUUGGUAGUCGUUUAUUGGCAUGUCAAAGGUCGAGCUAGUAACACUUUCAAAAAAGUAAUGUCAGUACUGUCAGUGACACGCCGGCCAUGGCGGAUUGGUUACAAGCGAAAAUCGUUCGUCUCGGCGAACUGAGUAGUGUAGAAGAAAAAAAAGCUAUUCUGUCUGAUAUUAAAAUCAAAUUGGGAAAUUUAAACAACAGAGAAACUGAACAGAUCUCUCGUAAUGUGGAUUUUAAUCAGUUGUUUACUCAAUUAACCUCAAAUGACAGAGAACUUGUAGAUCAAGUAUGCGACAUUUUGAAGGCAUUAUUUGGCAUUUUAGAACCUGGAGAAGUAUAUCUAAGGUAUUCAGCAGAAAUAUCUCAGUUGAUAAUUCAUCCAACUGCUGUGGUUAGAUCACUUGUGUUGCAUGAAAUUUUGUGCAUUGUUUCUAAUCCCCAAAAAUUACCUCUAUUGUUGAGAGAUGUCAAUUUAUUGGUUGCUAUUAUAAAUAGGAUCGGGGAUGAAAAUUUGAUGGUAGCUAAGUGUGCAAUGUGUAUAAUGAAAGAAAUUGGUAAAAAUCCAAAUGGAUUGCAGAUUUUAUAUACAGGUGAACUGUUAAGAAGUUUUGCUAAAUUGUUAGUGAAGAACGAUACUAUUAGCUUUCGUACAUAUGAAGUUAUUGUGGAUGUAGCAAAAUCUUCAAAAGAAGGUCUAGAAGCUUCUGUUCAAUCAGGAUUUUUAAAUAGUUUAUUUGAUAGCCUUGAGAGUGAAGACAUAUUACUGCAGGUAAAUGCAUUAGAAAUCCUGACGCAAUUAGCAUUAACAGAAGAAGGAUUAAGUUACUUAGAGCAACAAGAAGUUGUGAGAAAAUUGGUUCAAAAAAUAGCACAGGCUAAUGAAAAUCCAUUAUCAAAUUUAUUGAUCCCUGGAUUAAUGAAAUUUUUUGGAAAUGUUGCACGUUAUUGGCCUAAUGAAAUAUUUUCAAAAUAUCCAAUUGUUGUAUCUGCAUUAUUUGAAGUAAUAGAGAGUGGUGAUCAAACUAUUCUUGGUGUUGCCUUAGACACAUUGGGACAUGUUUCUAUGUGUGCAGAAGGUAAAUAUGCUCUGCAAGUCUUGGGAGAUGCAAUGCCAUGUGUACUGAAAAAAAUUGCUGAGAUAAUACAAAGAAUGCCUACAGCAUUAAGAAUUCGUGGGCUUAAUAAUUUGGCUCUAAUACUUGGUGUACAAAAAGCGGAACAGGACAAUAGAAUUUUAUCAUUAACAAAAUCAUGGUUUGAUUCUAUGUGUGACGAUCCACUGGGUAUGAUUGUAGCAUUGUGUAGACAACCAUUUGCAGAUAUUAGACAAGCAGGUCUAGAGGUGAUGGUUGUCUUGGCAUCUCAAGUAUGGGGUCAAGAAUACAUAUCCUCUUAUCCAGGUCUUGUAGAAUUUCUAUUGGACAGGAACAUUGAAUCCUUUAAAGAAUGUAAGGAAGCUAAAUACGAAGUUGUCAAACAGUUGAUUGAAGCUGAACAUGAUAUAUUUGAUGCAAAUACAAUGCAAAGGUUUAGGGAAUUUGUAAAUCAAGGACCACAUUAUGUUGAAAUCAACACAGAAGUUGCAAUAGAAGGACUAUGAGUUAUACUAUUUUUGUUUUUGUUAUUGUAUGUUAAAAGUUUACUGGAAAUAUUAUGUAAGGUAUCAAAUAACUUUUUUAAGUAAAAUUUUGACAAAAAACAUACUAUUUAUUUUCUAUAUGUUAUAUGUACAAAUAAAAUGUAAUCGUGCAUAAACAAGGAUCUAUUCUUUUAUAUAGUUAAGAAUGCAGAUAUACAAAGGCAAAUAAUUUAUUAUAUAAGUAACAAUACACAUCGUCGCAUACGUACUACGCGCAAUAGUAUAACAAUGCAUAAUUGUGCGUAAUUUUUAUUCAUUCGCGCAUUAUAAUACGUCUAUAUUUUUUCAUUGUUUCAUGAUUUCUUUUUUACAUUAGUUACACACAAUAAAGACAUAAACAAUUUUGCUGAAUAUAUCAUGUAAAAUAACUAUGUCGUUGCAUCAUUGUAUGCGUUUUCGCUUUUUGGGAGAAAGUAUUUUCAACAUGGUCACAAUAGGCGCUUCGAAAGACACCGAUAUAAUAAAUGAUAGUACAUACGAUAAAACCAGAACUCCAAGAAAAGUGAUCAUCUAAAGAAUGUACCGUUUAAGUAAAAUUAUAGCUAUAAUAUUUAGAGAAAAUAAAUUUUUUAUUUUUAUAUUGACAUACCAUGGUGUAUUUUCCUAAAUGAAACGGUGAGUCCAAGUUCAUAGCUGUGAGCCGAAUUAUGAGCGGAUGUAACAAGUAAGCGCAAUAUGUUAUUCUGCUAAUUGGAUAUAAAAUCGGUGCCGAUAGAAUACUAUUGACGUAUCCUACAGAUAUACAUAAUUAAAAUUGUGUUUUUAUAUCUAUUUGUAAUUUAAUAAUCACCAUUACCAAUCAGUAUUUACCUCCGUAACCUGUGCUGCAUGCAACGACGAUCCAUGAUAAAGCAAGUGCCCAUAAGCUAUGACUUAAUGAAGAAUAAGUAGCUGCCAUUAUAGGACUAAGUUCUGCUUCAUACAGACCAUAUAAUAAACUUAAAAGACAUGCCGAAGAAAGAAGCCAUCCUACGCAAAUCGUUGUCUAAAAAUGGUGAAAUUAUAAUUACCAUUAUUUUAUAUAAUUUAUCAUUAUUAUAUUUUUAUAUAAUUAUCAUUAUUAUAUUGUAAUUUCAACAUACCUUGGACAUUUUUAUUUUGCAAUCAGUCUUGAAAAGGAAGUAUCCUACCGACAUGCCUAUAAAAUAAGGACCCAGCCUGGUCCAUGGCUUAUCAUAGAUUUUAUCGAAAAGCGCCAAUGGAUCAUCUGAGCUCGGCAUAUGAUUAUUUAUUAAUGCAAUAUAUCCGGUUGUUAACCAGGAGCUUAAUAACAAAGUAGUCAUCAGAAAGGUUGCAAUUUUAAAGUGAUUUGUCGCUAAAACUAGUAUUACGGCGCCAAUAAUGUAGAAUUGAGUGUCAUCUGCAACGUACCAGCUCCAAAUCAUGCACUGAAAAAGAAUACACGAUGCUAACGACUUGAUUAUUUAAAAUUGCAAAGCAAGAAUAGACGUGUCCUUCUUUUUGAUCUUAUCAUGAAGUUUAGAAAGACGAUCGGACGACUCACCAUUUGAUCUACCGGGAACAAAGUAUUAAUGUAAAGAAAAUUCCUCCACCAAUAGUUGGGACAGUUAUAAUGAUCCGCGGUCGGUGGUUCAAACACGGAAUUCGAAUGAAACCAUUUCAUUGUGACUUGAACUACUCCAAGUACAAACAUAUACGGAGCUGUGAGCCUACAAAAUCUGUACAUGAGAAGACCGAUGAAUUUUAAACCACCUGCGACAAUACCCCGUGUACCCUGCGUAAGUUUAUUCAAGUCUCCUUUCGCAUUUGUUCUGAAGUACAGAAAGCUCACGAGUAAACCACCCAUGAAGAAAAACGUGUCGACGCUAAAAGCUCCGUUCGUAAUAGUUUGAAAAAGAAACUUUUUCUCUACGACUUUUCGGUACUCCAUGUUGUCAGAGUACUUGAACGUGGUAAUACAGGUGUGACCCAAGAUAACCCAGGCCAUCGAUAUCACUCUAAGACCGUGGACAGUACUGAUCGUGUCACCUCCAACUUUAUUGUCACAAAUAACCUUUACAUUAGCUCGAACAGAGAAAGAGAGUAACAAUUCCUCGAAGACGCCUAGGAAUAACGGAGGGUUAGCAAUUAUUUUUUUAUCUUUCUCUAAUUGCUAUUAAGGCUUUUUUUAAUAAAACAAAGAAUUACUUACUAAAUUUAUGUACUUUGGGAGUAGCUGAACGUAGACUACCUUCGUGAUCGUUAUUGUUAUUAAUUGUUAAUGAUUGAGGUCCAUUGAUGAUAGCUUCUGCCGCUGGAACAGGAAGGUAGACCCUACCUUGAAAAGCUACGGAAUAUAAUAAUAAAAGU